AUGGACAAUGGCCGAAUCUUCAACGUGUCUGUGGAAGGGCUCUGUCGGCUGCGUCGCAUCAAGGACACCGCGCUUCGAGUGCUCAACAGGACCACGGUGUGCAUCGAGGGUCACCUCCGCUUCGGCAACCUUUCCGUCAAGAGCCUGUACACCUUCAGACCCAUCGCCGUACUCGAGCUGGACGGCCACAUGGACGUCCUCUUGGUGGGGCUAACCGUCGAAAUCCAGAUUCGCGUCAAGAAUGAGGUGCCCGUGCUCACGCAGUUCAAGGUGGUCGAUUUCGGGGUGGCUGAUGUGACACGCUUCACCGGAGCCACGAUUGCCCUGAACUGGCUAGGCCGAAUCCUCACCACAGAGCUGCUGCGCCAGUACAAGGAGUACAUAGUGAUCACGAUCGAGACCAAGGCCAAGUCAUUUAUUGACUCGGUCAUUGACAACAUCAAGUUGCCGUUCCGCAGCAAGUUCCUCGAGAUUACCAAUCACGCCCGCAAGGCGCACUACAGGGACCGAAAAAUCAUCCGACGCAAGCACCGAGGACGCAUCUCUCGCUGA